AUGAAUACUUACUCUGGUUCCGAGCUUUCAGCUAUUAUAAAUUACAUUGUUUGACUUCGACGUCUGCUUGGACUAUUCGUUUCACCCAUCCCAUGGCACAAAUACACCCAGAACAGGAUACACCUUCAGAAGCAAAG